UUAGUAUGUUAAAGAAAAGCAUCAUUUCCUAUAAAGUUAGGCGAACAAAUAUUAUAUUAAUUGUGUAGAAAUUUUGAUAUCACGAUAUCCUUUUGAUACAAGAAAGGAAGACAGAGAGUUGUUACAAGUAGAUGCUGUUUAUAGUUGCAUCGAUAAAAACUAGUAUUUGGUUUUCUUUAAUAAUCAAGAAGAAGAUUUUAGACUUAUUAAGUAUAAAUUUUAAUUAGCCAUAUUGUUUAUCCUUUAUGAGAAUCAUGAUAAUCGUAAUAGGAACUAUGAUGAACCGCAUAAAAUAAAAACUCGUUUACUUAAUAUUUUAAUAAAAGCUAUUACUGAUUUUUCUUUGGGUGUUAUGAAAUGUGAAAUUGUGGCAUGGAUACUUUACGAAAGUUUUUUAUACCUGUGGUUUUUUGUCUCAAAGAAUUUCAAUAAUGGUGCAGCCCCUGCUACUGCUUCUUCCACUAAAAUUAAUAACAAAUUUUGAUUUUAUUAAUGCACUGUGUAUGACAAGACAUGUUUUUAAAAUAACUUUUAUAAUUACACAAUUUUGCAAGCAAGUAAUGAUGAUAAUUUUUAUAGUUUAAAUCUUAUUGAAGCAUUAAAAGUUUUUGUCUCUAUAGUUAGUAAUACUAUUAAUCAACACCUUCAAAUAUGCUUUAAACAAGCCUAAAAAUUGCAUUUCAAAUUAUUUUAACUUGGUUAUCGCUGUUUCUUGCUAGACUUUCUAAGUUUUAUCUAGAUUACUCAGUUUAACACAAUGUUUGAUUGAUACAAUUUUGAAGUGUUAUAAGUACCUGUGUUUUAAUUUCUUCUUUCUAAUAUUCAGUUUCUUGGGUAGGUACAAUCGGCGGGGCGGGGCGGAUCGGCGGGGCGGAUCAUUUGUUUAUUCAGCAUUGUUACUCGUGAAUUUCUUCAAACGAAUUCAUCUUCAGCAAACGUGGUUUAAGAAAAAAUGGCUAUUCCAGCUUUGAUCAGUUUAAAUCAUCUCAACAUUGAGGUUAUUAAAGAUCUUAUUACCAAGAGUGAUGAUGAAAUUAGAGCAACUGCUCUUAACAAUCCCAAGGCCGGUGAAGUUUAUGUCGUCCAAGUGAAUAAUGGGAAAGAUGAUUGGCGAGCAGAUGGGUAUAGGUGGAAGCAAAAUGGACGCAGUAAAAUUCCUCGUGGUUUACCACUGUACACAAAACUCCACUUUGCUACAGUUACACCAACAGGAACUUCAUGUGUUUUUCAGAAAUUUGUAUACCGUGAUCUAAGUCGGACAGAUGUUGUUGUUGUCCAUUAUAUAGGAAACCAUGAACUUGCAAUCUUAAUGCCUCAUGGAAAUUGCAGAAAAUCAAUAAGUUUUUUACCAACAGCUCCAUCUUUGCGAGAUGCAAUUAUUGAUUCUGACAACUACAAGGAUCUUCUUGUUGAUACCAAGCAUAACCAGAUCCAAUUUCAGCCUAGAAACUCAAGACAGUUGAAGUAUGUGCGUAGUGUCAAAGCAGAAUGUACUAAACUAGGCACUGAAUCUUUUUUAACAAUUCAUGAACUGGCAUAUAUGAUACCAGGUUUUGUCUGGUCCAUAUCCACGUAUCCAGACUUGUCAGUGUUGUUUGGAAUGCAAAAUUUAAUCGAUGAACUUGUGAUGUGCCCUCAAAUUUUCUUUUCAUAUGACACAACAUUUAAUUUAGGAGACUUUAAAUCUAAAAGUUAAAAUUGAUACAUUAAGGCUUUCUUGGAGUGAGGCAUUCUCAGUGUAUUUUUCAGACUACUUGUAUUCACGUAUUUUAAUAGCUUAUAUUGGUCAUCUCAGAUCUGUUGGUUUAAUGGAUAAUAUAGUUACAAAUAAUGUAUCUGAAUCAUUAAAUGCAUUUAUAAAAAAGUUUCAAGAAUGGAAAGAAGCGCCUGUUGAUUCUAUGAUUGUUGCAAUGCAUCGCCUUCAGACCUUUUAUUUGACAGAAAUUAAGCGGAGUUGUAGUGGCUUUGGACCCUACACUCUCUUUGACAGCAGUCUCCUAAUCAGUAUGUCACAUUUAAUAUGUAAUAACUUGUUUGUUUAAAAACCUUUUUUAAUUCUUUUUUAUUUGAUUUUAGAAUUAUUUAGAAAAUAUUUACAAAAAUGCUAUAUACUCACUAGUUAGUAAUGAUGUUUUAAAUUGAAAAUUAAAAUGUUUUAGAUAACACAGACGACAUACCAAAAGUAGAUAGUCCAGAACUUGUUAUUGCAGAGCUGCAAGCAGCUGCAAAUAUACCAAUGCAGCAAUGCAUACCUCCAUCUAUACGAGUGCUUUCUAACACGUUUAAUGUUGUUCAUAUUCCAAACCUAAAGGUUUUUACAGUCUCUGCACCUGAUGGAAAUGCGCAUGUUGUGAAGUUGUAUCCGAAGGAAAACUGCACAUGUCCUUCAUCAACAAUAUGUUGUCACAUACUAGCUGUUAAACGCAGCAUUGGAAUUGAAUGUGGUGAACGCAAAAUCAUAAAUUUGACCAAAUUGCGGCGUAACUCAUGGUACAUCAAAUUACUCUGGGGUGCCUAAUAAACUAGGGAAAAUAUUAAUAUUUGGGGAAACUUUUUAGGAAAAUAAGCUAAGAAUCUACAAAAUUAAUAAACAUGAAGGGGUUAUAAAUAAGGUCUGGUGAGUUAGGUAAAAAAGUUAAAUAAAUUUUAAAUAUUUGGCAACUCAGAGUACAGUGCUAAUUGUUCAAAAAUGUACAGAUCGAAUAUAAAUUCUAAUCCUUAGUAGCAUUCUGGGUUAUAUAUGUUUCAAACAAAUGUGAUUUAUCUUAAUAUAUAACUUUAUUAUAUAAGUAAGUGAUCAAGGUUCUUCUUAAUAUUAUCUUAAUAUGGAUUUUUAGCGACCUCAUCAA